AUGGAGUACGUUACUCAUCUAGACAAGGAAAACCCAGCACUGGCUACAACCUCGAAAUAUCAACUUACAUACACUUCUCCUGUUAAAUACUAUGAUUUUCACGUCUACUAUUUUGCCCACAACAAGUCAUCAUUAAAAGAAUCAGACAAUUUGCGACAAAAACUCUUGGACGAUUUUCCCAAUGACACAAAGGAUGGCUCAAUCCUUGUAAAAAAAUUACCCAAUGAUUUCAUUAUAGGCCCUCAUCCAACACAAUUCUGGGAAGCAGACGUAUUGAGACCCGAAGUGUUUAUCAAAGUGUUUAGCUGGUUCCAAUUGCACCAUGGCAACUUAUCGGUAUUGAUACACCCACAAACUGGCGAUGAUUAUAAGGACCAUUUUGAAAGGGCAGUAUGGCUAGGCGAUAAAUUACCGCUUUUGAAUAUUUUUCCACCAAGCGAUGGCAAAAUACCCGAAUUCGGAGUCAAAGGAGGCAAGAGAAUUAAGACUGAAGAGUUUGAUAGUCAUAAAACAGUAUUGUAA